GUAUAUAUACAUAAAAAACCCUGAGUAGUCGAAUAAUAAUAUUAAGAAGAAAAGUUAGAAAGAUAAACAUCAUUACUUGUGUUGACCCUUUAAACUGGUACUAUUCUUCUUAUCCUAUAUAUGCUCACCAACAAGGUUAAAAGCAAAAUGAUAGUGAAGGGAGAGAAAAGCAUGCCUACGAGGGAAGAAGGAGUUGGUGUAGGCAUGAAGCACCACUUUGUGCUUGUACAUGGCAUAAGUGGUGGAAGUUGGUGCUGGUACAAAAUCCGGUGCCUCAUGGAGAAUUCAGGCUACAAGGUCUCAUGCAUAGACCUCAAAAGUGCUGGAAUUGAUCAAUCUCAUGCUGAUUCAGUCCUGUCUUUUGAUGAUUAUAAUAAGCCUCUAAUGGAUUUCAUGUCUGCUUUGCCUGAGAAUGAACAGGUUAUAUUGGUGGGGCACAGUGCUGGAGGGUUGAGCAUUACUCAGGCAUGUCACAAGUUUUCCAAUAAAAUUCGCUUAGCCGUUUAUGUGGCAGCAACUAUGCUCAAAUUCGGAUUCUGCACCGAUCAAGAUCUUAAAGAUCAGGGGGUGCCUGACUUAUCCGAGUAUGGGGAUGUGUACGAGCUAGGAUUUGGAUUGGGACAUGAUAAGCCUCCAACCAGUGCUUUGGUGAAGAAAGAAUUUCAACGCAAAAUCAUCUAUCCUUUGAGCCCUCACGAGGAUUCGACGUUGGCUGCGAUGCUGCUGAAGCCAGGGCCAGUGCUGGCAUUGACUCGUGCGCAAUUCAGAGAGGAUGGAGAAGUGGAGAAGGUGGCCCGCGUCUACAUUAUGACACGGCAUGACAAGGUGGUCAAGGCUGAGCAACAGGAAGCCAUGAUUAACAAGUGGCCACCAUGCACUGUCUAUCAACUCGACAGUGACCAUAGCCCCUUCUUCUCCACUCCCUUCCUUCUCUUUGCCUUGCUUCUCAAAGCUUCUGCUUCUCAUCUUGGAUUUGAUGCAACUGUAUAGCAUUAUCAUCUGCCAAUUCCAUUUCAUCCAAUACAUCAAACAUUAAUUGCUUGUAAUUAUCAUCAAUAAUAUAUAUCAAUUGCUCUUAUCCUAUAUAUAUAAAUACCCAUCUCAUCA